AUGGGCGAACAGGCAAAGUAUCCUCCGAAGUUGGUUCGGGAACACGGCGGAAACGUGGCCUCGGCGCUGACCGCCACGCGCGUCACGCACAUGGUCGGCUCCAACUUGAACGGGUCCAAAGCAGAUAAAGUGCUAAAGAGCUGUGGCAAGGUUAAGUUCGUAAGGCCGGAAUGGAUCCUUCAGUCUGUUAAGCAAAGAAAGCGUCAGCCUGAGUUCGAAUUUGUCGUCUACAAGGAUUCCAACGCUACAAGCUCGCUUAGUGCUGCAUUUUCUCGAGGGGGAAAUACUAGAACAACGGACUAA